AGAGACUCCGCCCCUCCCUGAUUCUUCCUGACUGCCAGCGUCAAACCUGAGCCGGGCGUUUGGAAACUGCUGGGCAGCUCCAAAUGAAAAUGUUUGAGAGCCUUGACUCUUCAGCUACGAAAUCUGGCCGGGAUCUCUGGGCUGAAAUUUGUUCUUGUCUGCCAAGUCCUGCCCAAGAAGAUGUUUCCAACAAUGCCUUCUCCGACUCCUUUAUGGAUUCACAUCCUGCAGGUGAAGGCCAUAUGGAGGCAGCAGACUCUGCUGUCCAGCCAACUGUAAAGCCAUGGGCUCCCUUGCAUGAUUCAGAAGUGUAUUUAGCAUCUCUGGAGAAGAAACUAAGAAGAAUCAAAGGUUUAAAUGAGGAAGUAACUUCCAAGGACAUGCUUCGCACUCUGGCCCAAGCUAAGAAGGAAUGCUGGGAUCGAUUCCUCCAGGAGAAGUUAGCGUCAGAGUUUUUUGUGGAUGGACUUGAUUCCGAUGAGAGCACCUUGGAACAUUUCAAAAGGUGGCUCCAGCCAGAUAAAGUCGCCAUCAGCACAGAGGAGGUCCAGUUCCUCAUCCCUCCAGAGUCGCAGGCCGAGAAGCCAGAGGCCGGGGACAAGCCAGAGGCAGCAGAACAAUAAAUCACACACACAUACGCCAAGCAGCUGUCUGGGGCCCAGGGGGAACAGCGGAGAGCUUGACAGCACGGCAGCAAGGAGAAAUCCAGGGAGGGGAAAAAGCCCAGACUUCCACUCCACAAAGCAAACAGCUGCUGGCCCCCGGGGACUUGCUUAGAGCUGGCAUGUGUGACUGUCCUGGAUGAAGUGACAGACCCAGUGUGUGCUGGAUCAAAACACUGCCGUCCUGCAUGUCUCACAGCUUGACUGAGCGCUGCUGCUGUUGCUGCUACGUGGGUUAGAAGUCUGUAAGGACCCAGUGAAGAGCAGGGUGUGAAAGAGCUCGGAAACAUUGGAGCCCUUGUAUAGAAUGGAUCAGUCAAGUGAGCCAUGUUUUUUCUUUCUCUUCUGCAUCUUCAUGCCUGCGUCUCAAGCAUUCCAUAGUUAAGUAGUCAGGAACAAGUAUAGCCAAGGAGAGUGAAGUCAGUCUCCUUGAGUCCAAGCCCUUGCCAGGCUUUCUCACAUACUCAUCGUAAGUGGACGGACUCUCAGGAACCGGGCUUUUCCUUUUGAUUUGUUCCUUUUGUCAAAAAAUGGAAAGGAAAAAAAAAGUGUGAAAACAUGGGUGUUUAUAUCUGUGUAGGUAUAUUUUCUAUUUCGUGGCUUUUCCCCUAGCUUCUCCUUGUAGGAACUUUACACGUUCCAAGUUAGACUUGUAAAUAUGGUUUAGUGUUUGACACAACUCUUGAUUAAUUCCAAACUUACUCCCCAUGACAAAUUCCCUGACUGAGUUUGCAUUUACUCCUUGUUUAUUGUGUUGUUCGUGUAAAGUUUGAGUUGUCUAUAUAAAGCUUUCUCAUUGGAACAUCUGUAUAGUGUGGAGGGUGCCAUUGACCCAUUUCCUCUCACAUAAAUGCUGAGGAGGCAGGGAAGUAAAGACAAAGGUAUGCCAAGGCAGGGGAGCCAGCAACCUUUGCCAGCCUGGUGUACGUAGGGAGUUCCCGGAUAGCCAGGGCUACGUAGAGAGACAUGGUCUCAAAAAAGGAAGAGAUUGGGGGCUGGAGAGAUGGCUCAGUGGCACUAACUGCCCUUCUAGAGGUCCUGAGUUCAAUUCCCAGCAACCACAUGGUCGCUUACAACCAUCUAUAAUGUAGUCUGAUGACCUCUUCUGGCACACAGGUGUAAAUGCAGAUAGAACAUUCAUAUACAUAAAAUAAAUUUUAAAAAAACCUAAAAAAUAGAAAAGAUUUUCUUAUUUUAUUAUUUAUAUGUAUGUGUGUUUGCUUGUGUGAGCUUAUGUAUACCAUGUAUGAGCAAGAGCCCAUGGUCACCAGAAGAGGAUGGCGGAUCCUUUGCAACUGAAGUUACAACUGAUGCCAUGUGGAUGCUGGGUGGACCCAAGUUUUCUGCAAGAGCAAUAAAUUGUCUUAACUGCUGACCCA